AAAAUUCUGUAGCAAGUCAAAACAACCCUAAAAUUCAAAGAUGGAAAAACUUCGAAGUUGAAAGAUGAUACCCAAUGGUAAGCACCGCAACAACAGUAUGUUCAAAACUAAAACCCCACCCUCUUAAAUGUACUCUUCUUCUUUUUCAUUCUUUUUCAUCAUCAGUUUUACCAAUAUCAAUAACAGUACCAAUAACAAUAUAGAACUCCGUAAAAAUGGCAGAGAGAAAGGAAAACAUAGUGAUGUUGCCAUUCAUGGCACAAGGUCACUUAAUACCCUUCUUAGCCUUAGCUCUCCAAAUAGAGCAAAGAGGCUACAAUGUAAUCUUUGUGAACACCCCACUCAACAUCAUCAAACUCCAACAAUCUCUCCCACCCACCUCUUCCAUUCGCCUCCUUCAAAUCCCCUUCAACAGCUCUGACCACGACCUCCCUCCCGGGGCCGAGAACACCGACGUCCUGCCCCCACAUCUCAUCUUCAGCCUCGUCAAAGCCUCCAUCUCCCUCAAGCCCCCUUUCCGUCAACUCAUCUCCGACCUCACCACCCAGCACGGCGGCGCUCCGCCACUCUGCGUCAUCGCCGACAUAUUCUUCGGCUGGUCGGUUGAGGUCGCACACGAGUUCGGAGUGUUCCACACCAUCUUCAGCUGUGCCAGUGCGUUCGGCCUGGCCUGUUACUAUUCCCUGUGGCUGAACUUGCCUCACCGGAAUACUGACUCUGCCGACUUCAGCUUCCCUGACUUCCCCGAAUCUGGCCUAUUCCACACCACGCAGCUGGCGGCGAACAUGUUGGCGGCUGAUGGAAACGACCCACCUUCCAUUUUCCACAGGAAAAACAAUCUGACAUGGUCAAAUUCCGAUGGACUUUUGUUUAACUCAGUUGAAGCGCUAGACGGGAUUGGAUUGGCCUAUUUCAGGCGUAAAUUAGGCCGCCAGGUUUGGCCGGUUGGGCCAAUACUUUUUCCAGGAGUUCGAUCCGGCAAACAUGCCGGAAUUACAGCAGAGAAAUGCAUCGAAUGGCUCGACGCAAAACCAAUAAAUUCAGUACUGUACAUAUCAUUUGGGUCGAACAACACAAUCUCAGCAUCACAAAUGAUGCAAUUGGCUAAAGCGUUAGAGCAAGUGACGAAUGUAAAUUUCGUAUGGGUUGUUAGGCCGCCAUUGGGGUUUGACAUAACCACGGAGUUUCGAGCAGAGGAGUGGUUGCCGGAGGGAUUCAUAGAGCGGGUUGUCGAUGAUCAGAAAAGAGGGUUAAUUGUGGUACAAUGGGCACCCCAGAUGGAGAUUUUAUCCCACAAGUCCGUGGGCUCGUUUCUAACACACUGCGGGUGGAACUCGGUGCUGGAAGCGCUCAGCCGCGGAGUUCCGCUGAUGGGGUGGCCGAUGGGGGCAGAGCAGUUUUUCAAUGCCAAGUUGUUGGCUGAAGAGAUUGGGGUUUGUGUGGAGGUGGCAAGGGGGAUUAAAUUUGAGCUUAAGCAUGAGGAUAUGGUGGAGAAGAUAGAGUUGGUGAUGGGCCAGAGUGAGAAAGGGAAGGAAAUGAGAAAGAAAGCUGGUGAGAUGAAGGAGAUGAUAAAAGAUGCCGUCAGAGAUAAGGAAGGUAUUAAGGGGUCUUCUGUGGAAGCCAUGGAUGGGUUUCUUAAUGCUGCGUUGUUGACGAAGGAGAAGACAAAAAAUGGUUACACACAGCACAACACAAUUAGUUAGGAUGAUAAGGGAAAAGAAGAAACAGAAACCAGUGCUUUAAGUCAUUGGGUUGGUGAUAUCAAAAUAAGAGAAUUAUGGAACUUUGUUUACAGCUCCGUUCAAUCGUUGGGAAUAAAAUUUUAAUUUUAAUUUUAGUUUUUA